AUGGACGUGUUACGUCACUGGGGAAAAGGCGGCCACGUUGAUCUAGUGGCGGGCAUCGCCUACUACCAUGUUCUGACAAGUCGAGGGCGCAUGUGGGAACUCACGCACACACCCCCGAAGUUGCUUUUUGCCCGCGAUUUCAGUAGCACUACUCCGCGGAUUGUUAAAAUAUGGAGGGGAUUCCGAUCGAGGGUGCUCCACUGCGUUUUCGGCGAUUUUACCAAAGUCGAUGGAGACUUCGAGAUGCCAGUGGCAAAGAGGCACAUCCGCGAUAGCGCGGCAGGGAGAGCAUUGGGAGUGGAGGGUCGGUGUGUACCCUCUGACGUUAUUGCGAGCUAUCUCGGCGUGGUGCUGCUUGGCACGAAAACGGUGGAAGACAUCAUAGAGUACCUGGAUGGCCUGCAUGAUGUCCUUCACGUGGGCGUGGAAAAGGGAAGGCGGCGCGCGGUCGUUGUUGGGGACCAGGAGACCUUCACCCUCGUGCACAAGGUCAAAAAGCUUCACAAGGAUAAAUACGCAUGGGUGGUACCGUGGAUCGGCGACUGGCACCUAUUGGAGCACACGCUAGAUGUUCUUUUCCGCAAGUGGGGCGGAUUCGCUCUAAUUCCCCUGGCGAAGGCAGCCGACUGCUAUGACAAAAAAUUGGAGGGAAAAAAUUACCACAAACGGCACAACUUUUUCGUUGGGUUUUUGGAGGCGUUAUGGCGAGCUUGCAUUGGCGAGGUGAAGGAGACACCCCAGUCGGGAGGGAUGAGGCUUUCUGACGAAGAACUUCUGGCCAACUUGCUCGGCUACCGGGACAACCAGACCAAGCACAAGACUUUCGGGCAGUGGGCGGACUUCCUACUUUCCGAUGGAAUGGCAUACCUUGCUGUGUACAUCGGCAUAAGAACAGGCGACUUUGAUCUGCGGGAGGCCGCCAUUCGCAAAAUCGCCCCGCUGUUCUUGGGGUACAACAAAAACCUAUGCCACGCGUUGUGCAUCCAACACCUGGCAGACAUAGCGCGAUUGAGUCCCGCCGAGCGGUUGUUCAUUAGUGAGACGUUUAGCCUAUCGCGCUCUGGGAAACCCGGUAAAAAUACGGGCCUCGACGAGAUCCAGGAGAUGACCAUGAACAAGGAUAUCAAGCAGGCUGCAACGGGCACCGACGUCAGGUAUCUCCAGAGACUUAACCUCACGCUACAGACACUGCCGACGGUCGCACGGGAGGUGAAGGAAAUGUACGGCAGUAGUGUCAUCUACAACCGGAAGAUCUACGCUAGUGACCACAGAAGGAAGAUCGUCGAUAAGAUCCACGCUUCCCUCGUUGCGGAGGGAAGCCCUUUCAAGCUCCGGGAUGAGAAAGGGGCACAGUCAAUCAUUUCGGCGGAUGGGCGCGUGGCGCUUGCGCAUCUUGAAAGCACGAUGAUGGAAGCCGGCAGCAAGUCGGUCGACAUGUGCCGGAGAGGAGUGCUAGAAACCUUCGAAGAAGAGCUCGGCCCUGGCGGGCAGGCGAAGGACGCUGCCCGGAAGCGUGUAAAGUUGGCCACGUUUAACACUGGGACAGAAAAGAAGACAAAAACACGAGCACAGGGGGCAGCGCCGACCCACAUCGAGGAUCUCCAGAAAGCCAUAGGGGCGCUUGCCAAGGGUAAGGGCAAAAUGGCCCUCGGUGUCCCCGCCCAACUUUGUUCUUUGGCUGGUGUUCCACACAAAACCUCGAAGUCGAAGACCUUAGACAUCGUCGUUAAGCACGCCAAGGGCGCCAGUGGGAAAAAAUCCAGGACGGGUGAUUCUUUUUUCGACAAGCCGCAGCUGGUACCCACCCCGAAGAGCUUUGCAUCCGUGACACGGGGACAGUCCGCCGGCGCAAGCGCUGGCGCCAAGAGGAAGAACCACAAGCUACAUUCGAAGAAGAAGCCACGCGCUCCGCCGCAACCUCCGUUCACGAAAGCGCCCACGGGUUUUGAGAUACGAGAUAAGACGCCGGAGGCGGCUGAAUGGCAGACUUUUCUCGAGGACCGGCAGCACCGUGACGGUGUAUUUUCGGUAUUGUGCAAGUUCAUCCGACACCAGUACGAUACUAUCCGCAAAAAGACAUCAGACGGCGUGGGGUUGGAAUAUGGGGAGUCGUGCCUCCAACGACUUCAGCUGGAGGUCGACGGGGAGUCUGUUCUUUCCAGCGACUGCUCGCGGACAGAGAGUUAUUUGUCGUGGUACAAUACGAAGGAGCUUGACAUAGUACUCCUUGAAGCCAACGGUAUUGGGGAGGGGGGGGGAGUGGAGGUAGUUUCGGUUGACACCGACGUUUGGAUGGCAGCUCUCCUGGCGUACGCCGUGCAUCCGUCGACUCGGGACGUGCGUAUUAUGUGCGACAACAGAGCGGGGUGACCGGUAACACCUACGUCAACUGCAUCGACGUCCUGAAGCGUUUCCAAGAUCUAUCGGCAAUGCAAAAUUGGCCAUCUUCGUUCACCAAUUUGCAGAGGGUGCUACCGAUCGUCUCCGCAUUUGUUCUUAACGGGACUGACUCUACUCCAUCGCUUAGUGGCCUGACGGCAUCGAGUAUGUUCCAAGCAUACUACGACGCGUUGAAGGAUGCCGGCAACCACAAAUACUGCCCGACGAUGAUGAUAGUGGCAGCGAGUCCGAGUCUGAUGAUGAUGAUGAUUCGCCGAUUGUCGAAUGUUUGGGUGGUUUCGAGAAAGAAGGACAUUCGUCGUUUGGGGUGGAUACCGGUGUGUGUGGAUUCUCCGAAGAGGAUGCGCGAGAGUAUGAGAAACAACUCGCCAACGAGGGGUCGGGCGGGGGUACGAAGCAGCGGGUGAUGUUGUCGACUGAUAAUAUGGCGGCGCCGAGUAACGAGAUGUCCGUUUGAUAAUUGAUUAUAUUUCGUUGUAUUUCUUGCUGCAAAUAUGUUAUCAACAGGACGCGGAUCCCGAAGCACAGCAAACAAAUAUUUGGGGCUGUUCUUCACAUGACACCACCCGCUACAACUGCUUUUGGUAGUACACACAAAACUACAAUAGGCACACACACUCCGAUGCCGCGGCCAGCGCGGCGUGCGCCUCAUGUCACAAAGGGAAGCUGCCGAAGACGUCAGUGAGAAACACCGGCACACAAACGAGAGAGUCCUCGCCACCAAAAAACAGCACUGACCCCCAUAUACUCGAGCCGGCUACUUGAUGCCGGUAAACAAACAGGAGGGAUGAAAAGGGCGUCAGAAAAUAGAACAACACUGACGCACUUACACUCGUGCUUUUCCCCUUGUUUCCUAGGAAUAAAACUUGCUCUGGAAGAUUAAAACAACACCAAAGCGUUUGGACCACACCAAAGGAAAAAAAAAGGCCGCCGUCACUGUCGGUCACUCGUAGACUACGAAUUCCCCCCACAUGCUUUGGCCUCAAUCGGAUGCAGUCAAGCUUGGGUUGCUCCAUAUGCGUGCACCGCAAGCAACAUCUGUGCCUGGCAAAAACUCGAUGUGCGGCAUUUCGUUUCCACAUGUAACCUAUCUGCGAAACUUCAACGAUAAAAAAGGGUACAUGCAAACAAAGAGCGGACUCAUUUACUGCAGGUCCGCUGGUGCGAGCCUAUCUACGACGUGGACCUGCACGAAACAAGGAACGGUAAGCUUGGAGCAGAUUGCACAAAUAGGUCCGUUGAAUGUAACUCAGCAUCCUUCAAAACAGAUUGAUCCUACUGCUGUCAAUUCGCCUAGCCGGCUCGACGUUGACAGGCACAUGUACAACGGCGUCGUCCACACCAAGAGGCAAACAGCGUUGAUAAUGCGCCUACGAGUGGCCUCAUUUCGUGCUGGGGAGUUCAAGGGAAUGUUACGCUAGAAUACCCAGCGCUAUGGAAUGAGCAGGAAGGGUGUCUAUCUACUUGUCACCGCAAGCACACAAAAAAAAAAGCGCGUCAUCCCCUCACCUCGGUCGCACAUCGUUCGUGAGUACUUGGCACGUGUCUCGAAGGCGAAUCGCUACAGCAUCAUCCGUCCCCCCCGCACAUGUCCAGCACACACCCGCUGAUGCUAACAACGCCCAGCAAAGCCUCCAAUGCCGCGGGCGAAGUGCAGUAGCGAUCAAAACACCGGCGCUUCAGCUGCUUGACAGGUUCAGGAGCGCACGUCCACUUCGGCCCUCGCUUUGCUCGGCGUUCGGUAGGCGCCCUGCUCUCCCUUUGCUGGUUCAGUACGAACAGCUCCAACAGGCAACCCGCACGUUUACAUAGGACGAGCUUGCCUAUGCUUGGAUCGCCGCACUUCAAGCCGGGGAACUUGUCUCCCAUUCCGGCUGCCUACAGGAAAUCCCGGACAUUACCCCCGGUCCUUUCUCUCAUACAGCGAACGUCAACUCUUGCCGUUGGUUGCUGGCACGCGCUGCAGCAUUCCUGCGACAUCACCCUGUCCGACAAAAGAGACGGAAGCAACACUCUACAUGUUUAUUUGGGAGCUUCAUGUGAGGGAAAGUGAACCAAGGGCACACACACAGCAUCCUGUUACUUUAAUGGCUAAACCAGCAGUACAAGAGAGGCACGGGGGCCUCUUUACCUGCUGUACUGGAUAGCAGCGGUGCAACCCAACCCGCGUGCUGGCAAGUUCCGCCGCGUUUUUGGAGGAACAUCUGCUGCACCGAUUUCGCUCGCUGUAGUGCUGAUCGCAAUUAGUGCACAUCUUUUAUUCAAUCUACAUCUACGGACCCGGUCAGCUGCCAGUUCAAUCGCUGCUGCAGAGCACGUUUUGAUGGUAACCAAAUUGGCUGAAAGUUGCCUGGCAAACCCGGUGUCACCGUGGUCCGAAACUUUCCUCUUGUGCCCUCAAGCCAUAUACCCCUUUCUUUCUCCACCUUGCCGACAUUGAAAAACCAAUGAACCUCUCACCGGUGUAUUGCACAACUUGAUCGAGGUUCCGCCAAGUUUCGUGCCGAUCCGAGGUGUUGGUGUGGAGCCCUGGGCUGGUGAAAAGGUGGUAGCAGUGGUGACCCUGGGGGCGCCAACGGGGGGGAUAUUGCACGCUUUCCCCGCUGAAACCAGCGUGGUUUUUGGGCACGCAUACGCUGCUGCAGGGAUUUUUCGGUGUACCUCUUCGGGGUCUUGGACACCUUUUUCUCGUCAUCUGUGUGCGUGUUCUUUAGAUCCUCAGAUGGCUCUAGCACUUUCGUGACCACGGGCUGAGAGUCUUUACUAGAUUUUGGCAUUUAGCAACUGGCAUACGGUUUAAUGUGAAGAUAACAACAACAACAACAACAACAACAACAACAUAGGGGGCGAACGCGUGUGAUCUGCCCUCGAGGGUGGGCGGGGACUGGAAAAAAAAAAAAAUGGGGGCUCCGCGAACACCAUAUCACUACACAUGUGCCCAUACACACCUUCUCAUCAGUGGAUGCCCUCUGCUCCACCGGAGCCUUUGUCAUUAGUGUGUUGCGGUUGUUCGAACACAUGCCGUGACGUGUCAAGCGACCGCCUCGUCAUUCUACUGACAGCAGACGACUACGCUCUGCUGCAGGACCCGCGAAGAACAACAGCAGAAUCAAGAUGGGAAAAAAAGCCAAGUUUUGCGCUGCUCCAGCCUGCCCCAAACGGCCAUCAUUUGCUGCAGCAGGGUCGAAACCGGAGUACUGCUCUGCACAUUCGAAAGAGGGGAUGGUGGACGUCAGGAACAAGAAGUGCGCCCACCCUGGCUGCACCAUAAACCCUACAUUUGGUACGGAAGGGACUUUCACCAGGAUUUUCUGUGCUACACACCGCGAGCAAGGCAUGGUGUCCCUCACCGAUAAGCGCCGUCGGGAGGCAACACCAAGGCCGGACAAAAAACCAAGGGCAAAUCUUUCACACUCAAGAAUUUCUGAACAGUCCAAAUCCUCUGCUGAUGGUAGGGGGCGCCGUGGACAUGAGGACGGUUUGUCCACGAAUCUGGCCGAUGGACCCGCCCACCACGAUUCUGCCAACGAACGGUGGAGGGAUCGCGAUCCAUCGUUCUCCAAGAAGCAACCGUCCGCGGACCGUUUCACCGAGCCGAAGAAGAAGCGAGCCCGCCGGCCAGAGGAUGACCAGGCUAUGCCCACUGCUGCUGUGGACGCCGGGAGGUGGGUGUCGACGGGGGGGAACCACUGGGUUUUUCGCCCAUGGGGCACGUGACAGCCGGUCGGUGUGGUUUGUCGCCACAAGGUACCAAGUUCAAGUUGACUUACCAGUCAUGCCUCGGGUGACGGAUGGCUGCAAAGCCGGAAGUGGCCGUCGCUAACACGAUGGGAACACCAAGGCCUUCUCCAGCCGCAGCAGCAGCAGAUGAUGUCAUUCCGGCGGAAGUUGUUGCUGCAUGGUCCAAAGUGGGGGUGGGGUCUCUCGUUCCCAUCGGCACGCCAGGAAGGCGGAGGUGACACCAGACGCAAGGGAGAAAGGGUCCCGACCUGCGGCAUGGUGGAAAUAGGGCACAGAUGCAAGGCCUUGCAUCGCUGGAAGAAGCCUCCAACGACACACGGAUAUUAUUUUCCAGUAACGAGAGCGUGUACGGUGGAGGUGUGUCUAGCGUGCCACUGUUCGUGGUGCAGAUGUGUUUGUUCGGAGUUGGCGGUGCAACGUGGUGGGCUCACCAUCCGACAUGUAUGUGUUGAUACGGCCCAAUGUUUGACGCUGGCUAGGCACCGCGCUUGGUUCUGUACUGUCGUCAUUGUAUGAAGGAGCGGAUCUGGGAGUAGGUAUGGGGGCAUAGAUAUAGUGGACCGGGACGAAGAUAUCCGUCCGGAGACGAGAUGCGUGGCGCUCGGUGUUUGCUGUGUGCUGGUACAUGAACUUUUACCAGUACUAGUUUAGGGCAGGUCAGCACAACUAGUAGUUAUUGUUUUUUGUUUCGCGCCGUGAACUGUUGGGGUUCACUAUGAAGCAUUUUGUGUUUGUUUUGUGGUUUUCUUGUCCUCCGUCAGUGGGCCAGCUUCGAGGCUCACAUUUCGGCGGUUACCUGUUGUUGAAUGUCAAGGAAUCAACAGCGUCUAGCUUUUUUUGGUCAAACGACCGACAAGCGAACGUUCAUUUUGUAAUCAGCUUUGUUUGGGAC